CUCGCCGGUUCCUGCUGACAGUUACUCACCUUGCGCUCUCCCCAGUUAACUUUCAUUGUUCAGUUAGUUAACUGGUACAUAGCUGAAUGACAGUGACCGUGCUGUCUGCGUCUUACUGCCUUGUAAAAAAUUCAUGCAGCUGAGUCGCUAAAAAUGAGAGAAGGAGUGUGUGUCGCGUGACUCAGCUGUUGUGAAGCCAUGGAGAAGCCCUGGAGGCUGUGGGGGGCAAUGGAGCGUUGUACCCUGACUCUGGCCUCCUGGUCCUGGGGUGCUUGUCGAGUCUCUCUUUUGGCCCUCAUCCUCACCUUCCACCUGUAUGGAGGAUUCUUUCUCCUAGCUCUUAUCCUUGCCUCUGUGGCGGGCAUCCUCUACAAAUUUCAGGAUGUGCUCCUCUACUUCCCUGACCAGCCCUCCUCUUCUCGUCUUUAUGUUCCCAUGCCAACAGGAAUCCCACAUGAGAAUGUGUACAUUCGCACCAAGGACGGUGUGAAGCUUAACCUCAUCCUGCUUCGCUACACAGGAGGCGACACACCUCCUGGAAUUGCCCCAGGCAAUCAAAGCAGCCCUGCUUCCUCUGCUCCACCUACCAUCCUUUAUUUCCAUGGCAAUGCAGGUAAUAUUGGUCACAGGGUGCCAAAUGCCCUGCUAAUGCUGGUCAAUCUGAAAGCCAACGUGGUGCUGGUGGACUACCGUGGCUAUGGAAAAAGUGAGGGUGAGCCCAGUGAGGAUGGGCUGUACAUGGAUGCCGAGGCAACACUGGACUAUGUCAUGACGCGUCCUGACCUCGACAAGACAAAGGUGGUAUUAUUCGGCCGCUCACUGGGAGGUGCUGUGGCUGUGCGCCUGGCUUCAGUAAAUCCCCACCGCGUAGCUGCCAUUAUUGUCGAAAACACCUUUCUCAGCAUCCCCCACAUGGCAGCAACACUCUUUUCCUUCUUGCCCAUGCGCCUGCUGCCCUUGUGGUGCUAUAGGAAUCAGUUCCUGUCCUAUCGGCAGGUGGCGCUAUGCCGCAUGCCCUCACUGUUUGUGUCUGGUCUGUCGGACCAGCUCAUUCCACCAGUCAUGAUGAAACAACUGUAUGAGCUGUCUCCUGCGCGGACUAAACGCCUGGCUAUCUUUCCAGAGGGCACACACAACGACACGUGGCAGUGUCAGGGCUACUUCGCUGCCUUGGAGCAGUUCAUGAAAGACCUGCUGAAGAGCCACGCUCAUGAGGAGAGUGCACAGCCCUCAGCUAGUGUCACCAUCAUCUGAAAAGAAAAAAAAAACAGUCAGGGACUGACUACAGGUAAUGGGCUGAAGGAAGUGAAGGCUGUUGUGGAUAUUGAAUGGAAGGACAUAAUUGAUUUUUGGAAAGAAUGUACAUUUUUUUAUGCUUUUGUCUGGGUUCUUAUUUUAUUUCACUCUUUUUACCUUUCUGUAAAUGUAACAUAUUUGUUAAGGUGGUUUGACUUUUUCGAGGUUUUAAGAGAGGGUAACAAUGUCCUCAUGGAUUCUUUUGUGUUGCAGCUAUGAAUGCAUGUAUUUGACCUUUACGAAUGAAGCCAGAGCAUACAUGCCCACACUGCAAGACAUGUCUCAACCACAAAAGAAUUAGCUGUAAUGGGUCUGCUGAAAUUAGUUGCAAUCACUGAAACAAUUGUUCAUAGUUUAAUGACCAUGUGAGGAUUUACAGAAUUUCAGUGAAAGCGGAUUACUGCUGGAAUUAAAGUUCCACUUGUUCUGAUAUUCAAACUGAAACACUGAUAAUACGUAGACCUAUACUGUAUAUAUAUAAAUCUUUGUUAAUCCAUUGCACUUUUUUGUUCAUACUUACCCAAGCGUUGAGUUAAGUAGGCUAACACCUUCUGAGCAAUACUUUGAUGGGCAUAAGGAUUUUGUUCUUUACCCUUUUGGUGAGAAACAUGAAUAUUUAGAGUACUCGCAGCAGCUUGGCAUGACAUGGCAUUGUGGUGAUCAAUAUUUAUGUAUACCCUUGAAAACGUUUGUCUGGCACAACAAGCAUAAAAAAAAGAAAUAAAAAAAACUUGUGUUGCUGAAUAAUUAUGGUCAAAAAGUGCUGGCUGAGACGAAGUGGUCAGUAAGAUAAGGUUGACACGUUACUUCUGCGUAUCAAAAAAAGGUUCUUGAGAUCUUAUUUCCUGUCGAGCUACUUCUGUUUCAGUGCGAUUGGGAGACUGUUACUGUGUCCUGUUCAAACACAACUAGCACACAGGAUAGGCUCUACUCUUAAAUGGGCUCAAGUCGCCGUUGAGCAGCUCGGCUCCUGUAGUUUGGUACGGAGCAUGUGUUCUAUGUGUGGUUUAUUAAAAGAUGGGUUCUUCAGGUCUUAGUACAAAACUAUAACACAUGCUCAUACAUGCAGUGAAAGAGUUAUUGAUUGCUGUACUCCUCCUGUCCGUACUGGCUGUGACAAGAUCUGUUUCUAAUGGAAAUGCAUUGGAAGAGAAGAGGACAAAAUACACAGACCUCCUGUGCGCAGAAAAGUUGAGCAGAAGCCAAUAUAAGGUUUCAGCUGUAUGAGUAAGACAAGUGAAGUCGGUAUUUUCCAAGUAUUGAGUUGAACAUUUCCUCUUUGUGUUACUAAUCCUCUGCCAAGUUCAACAAGACAACAGUCUGGACUGUGGAUUCUCUUAAACUCUGAGUGCACUUGGAAGAUAUUUCUUAAUAGCUUACAGGCAGGAGGAAUGAUUACAGCAAUGACUCUUAUACAUUUAUAUGGGCGUGUGAGUGUUGUAUUAAGAUCCUCUUGAAAAAAUCCAAACCUAUCCUUUAAGAACCAAAAGUGUGAGCAUUUUGAAUCAAAUGUUGCGAUUAUUUGUUAGCUAUUGUCAUCAGCAUCAUAAUUGUUAAUUGGAGGAUUCCAGGUUUUCGUCUCACCCCGUGCUUAUGUGGCAAAAUGGCUUUACUCACUCGGAGGGCUUUUAAUGAGCUAAUUAACCUUUCCUGCAUGUCUUCCAGGGGGUGGAGCAGAGCCUGACGACCCUGUUAUCUGCUCUUGCUUUCCAAAUGCAGCAUGCUGCACUGCAGUGCUAUCAAAGCCAUUUGAAUACAGAUCUCCUUAGCCAUAUUUGAUACUGUGUGUCAACAGUAUGCUACAAACAAAAAUUAACAAACAUCGAAAGACCAAAUUUGUUUGUGUCAUUGAAAAAUGGUGUAAAGACUACUAUGAAUGUAAAUUGUGGUCUUAAAUGAACAAGUGUGCUUUAUAAGAAAUAAUGUAUAGAUGUUUUUUUUUCUCCCUCUUUGUGUGACUUUUUGCCACCAGUGGCACAGAACAGUUUCUGACAUUUUUGUAUUAUAUCGAAUCCAUAAGUUGAGUUGGAUGCAUUCAGUUUAAUGAUUUUUUUAACCCAUCAUGCGUAGGUAGAGCACAUUGUGCAUUCUGAGUUCAACCAUGUGACUAUACACUGAUUCACUUCCGUACGCUUAUUUUUACUCACUUCUGUUGCUAGUGUCGCGCCGUCUCUUCAUUCAAGAAAACAUGUAGGAGCUUGUCAUCAUUCACUUGAUUUACUGCUUUGGUGGCUGGCUUAAAGCAUAUUGGCUUUUAUCCUAACCAAAUGUAUUGUUACUGUCCAACAUCCUGUUGCUGAAAAGAAGUGGAAUCAAACUGAAUGUUCUUUUUUUUUUCUAUAAAGAAAAUCUCUUGCCAGGUACUGUGCAAAUGCACUACGGAACAUAUUUUGAUAUGUACACAUGAUUGUGAAUAGAGUGGAAUGAAUGCUGUUGAAAGUGUUGGUAUAAUUUGCAUUUGCAAGCUGGCAUGUGAUUAUGUUGAGUCUUGGCCAAUUUCUGUAAUGAACCUGCACAGUGUUGACAUUAGUCGUGUACAUCGGCCAUGACUUGUAGAAAAAUCGAUGGAUAUCUGAUCAGUCAGACAUCUGAAUUACUCAUCUUUAUCUUCAGUAUGAAACAGUAAGUUUGAGGGAUUUUCCAUUUUAGAGUGAUGUUUCUUUUCUAUUUCAACAAUGUUGACAACUUCUUUGUAAGCACACAUUUUCACUUUCUAUUUUCUGUACUGUAACAUGCAAUAAAUUGAUACCUUAAAACGG